CAAGACACAUGAAAUCGAGCGCACCCUUAGGCCACACUUAUUAAAAGCGCACACUUGAAACACUAAACCGCAACAUUAAACAAUCAACUGUCGUCUCCAUCAGCUGCGGAACAUCAUUGUUUUUCUUUCACGUCGUGCAGCCAAAUUAAACAACAGACAUGGAGCAGCUUCUACGCCAUCUUAAGUUCCUCCUGCUGCUGAUCAUCCUGGCCAAUCAGUGUCCCGCAGCGUGUGGGCUCUUCGAGUGGAUGAAGCAGGCGAAGCUUCCUCCAGCGGCUGCAGAGCCGCUUCCUCCAGCGGCUGCAGAGCCGCUUCCUCCAGCGGCUGCAGAGCCGCUUCCUCCAGCGGCUGCAGAGCCGCUUCCUCCAGCGGCUGCAGAGCCGCUUCCUCCAGCGGCUGCAGAGCCGCUUCCUCCAGCGGCUGCAGAGCCGCUUCCUCCAGCGGCUGCAGAGCCGCUUCCUCCAGCCGCACAAUUAUCUACCGUAAUUCUCGCAAAAGACGCUUCCUUUGAAAUGGCCACGGCUGAUGAGAAGUUUCUGGCCGAGGCCAAGCAGAUGGCGCUCAGCCCUUUAGACACCUGCCAUCAAAGAGUGGUGUCCCGGCUGAAGGCGAGCUGUGAUAGUUUGUCGGAAGAGGAGCUGGCCAAGCUCGGCGUGGUUUUGUUCAACUGUCAGGCGCAGAUCGAAGGCCGCACCGUUUACCCCUGUGCCGACCACAUGGCUAUAAGAGAAUGUACAGCAAACAUGGACGCCACCACCUGGAACGCUUACCACAUCGUGAGCAACCGAGCACGCUCUGUAUGCUAUGCAAUUCGCCAGCAGCUCUUUAGACGCAGAGCAGAGCACACAGUAAAUACUCUUAUUUCAACUGCGGCCAACCAACUCUCUGCCAUGGAAGACCUGAAGGACGGCCAGUUGGAGCUGCGGCAGAUGACGGCGGCGUCGCUGGACAAGCUGCUGAAGGGUCACAGCGCUCUGCAGAGCCAGCAGGUGAAACUGCACGACGGCCAGGAGCAAAUGGAAAGUUCCCUGAGGGACAACCUGCAGCGUCUCAGCCAGGAGAAAGCUCUCAUUGCUUCUGGACAACAAUUGGUAGCGGAGCUCAUCGGGGGCAUUACAGAACGAAUGGAAAUGGUCAGUGAGGAGGUGCAGGUCCACGGCUCAAAGGUACAAGACGGCCACAAAGCCAUCGUUCAAGACCUUGCAGUUGUCCGACAUCAAGCUCAGGACAUCUACCAAAAAAUUGACGACGGCAUGUCAGAGUUCCUCCGGUACCAAGACCAGACCUCCCAGUACUACAAUGACGUGACGAGGAAACUGGAGCGCAUGAACAGCAGUCUGGGCUUCAUGCUGCACUACCUUGACAACAUGCAGGCUCGCAUGGAGGAGCGGCUGCACCUCAUUCAGGGUUACCUGGGCUGGGCAGGUUUAAGCCUCGCCGCCAUGUGGACGUGUUUGGCACACAGCGGCUACUUUGUUCUACUUGCUGUGCUGCAGUCGUUUCUGCGCUGUCCUGUGUUCUCUCGCGCCAUUCUGCUCGUCACCGUGCCCCUGAACGCACUGGCGGAGAUCAACUGUCAGCCGGCGCUCCACCUCACGAGCCUCAGCUAUCUGCUCUUCAUGUUCUCACUCGGACACUGGCUGGUGAGUAAGUUGUGGGCUUGUUGUUCUCAGAGCAGAGGGAAGAAGACGAUGGCACCACCUUGUUACUUACCGGUGCCGCAGCCCGACGUUGCAUCCUCUGACGUCCAUCCACGAACCUCAACGCCUCAGAAAAGCAGCAGCAAGCAUGAUGACCUGAUGACUCAAGACUCCUUCAUAUCAGCUGUGAAGCCUCCAGCCGUACACUUACAGGUGACUAAUCACUACCCCUCCAGGUUUAUACCUAAAUCAGCUUUCAUUGACGACAUUCCUCUGAGGACCCGAGGAGAUGUUUUUGACAUGUUGAACACCAGAAGUGCCAGUCCCACUCCGUCAGUUAAUGGUUCUGUGUCGGGACGUCAGCUCUGCAAUGCGGUCACAAAAACCGGGAAGGCGUGUAAGAAGAGAGCGCUGCUUGGACAAGAGUACUGCCGAGUCCACGACAAUGGCAACACCACCUCUUUUUACUCCUGAAGUGCACGUGCUUCAAGGAGAGCUUUUAUAUUUUACUCUAUUUUUAUUCAUGCACUUUUAUUGUUUUGUUUUUAUCAAUUGAAUGUCCAAAUAAAUAGGAAAAACCAAA